CAUUAGUUUAAAUUGAAUUUGUUAUCUGUUAGUAUUCAUAAUUACUGUCAAAAUAGAAACGUCGAAGUAAAACAAAUUAUGAGCCAAACUAUAGAACAGAAUUUAAAACGAAAAUGUGAAACCACUGAAGAAGAAAAGCGGAUAAAAAUUGCUGCAGACAAUUUACCCGCUCAUAUUAAUUACUGGCUGAACGAAACGACACCCGACUGUUACUUUAAAGUUGGCUCAGAAGCAGGUCCAGUGGAGAGGAUAGGUGCCUUGAAGUUGUUUCUUUCAGCACACAGUGAGCCACUGAGGAUAAUGUUCACACAAAAUUACAAGGAAGGUCAAGACGGAGAAGUUCGUAUAGUGGAUGUUGAAAUUGAAACAUUUAAGACAUUGCUCAAGUGCAUCUGUGGUGGAUGUGAUGUCGUUAUUCCAAGUUUGACUAUGGAAGAAUCAGUCAAGUUACUAGAAGUUGCUGAUAAAUAUUUGGUCGAAUAUGUCAAAAACAAAGUGUUAAGUUACAUUAGAAAAAUUCUAAAUUGUAAAAACAUUUUUACAGCUCUGGAAUGUUCUUCUUGCUUAGAGGAUCCCGACACAAGCCAGAUAAUGGUAAGCACAGUUCAAAACAACACCGAGGACAUUAUUUUCGAUAAACAGUUUUUGGCUCUGAGUGCUAAUGCUCUCUUUUGGAUAUUGCAACAGACAAACCUCAACACAGAGGAAAUAGAGAUUUGGAAAGCUGUGUUAAAGUGGGCUAAACGUAAGAGUAAUUCAAGGGAUGGAAAGACGCUCCGUAAAUACAUGUAUCCAUUUCUGAAUCAUAUACGAUUUCUCACAAUGGACCUGAAGGAACUAUGGAAACAUAUUGAGCCAGCAAAAGUACUACUUUUAGAGGAAAUUGUCGACAUCAGCCGAUCACUUUGUACCAGAAUCCCACAUGACAUGACUCACAUCUGCAGAGCUAUGAGGCCUCGACAAAUGCACCUCUUGUCUGACAAACUCACUGUGCUUUCCAUCAAUUACAUGACAUAUGUUGAUGUCUUUUGUGCUAUCAAAAACUGUGACGAUUUAAAAUGGCUGGAGGAAUCUGAAUUGUUCUCAUGGUCGGGGUUUCAUUGGAGGAUAUCGGUCGGAAGAAGAAAUGACUUUGGAAAUGAAACUUUUGCUGUCUAUGUUUCAUGUUAUGGUAACUUUGAAAAACAACAAAAACGUGAAGUCAGAGUUAUGACCAUUGCUACACUAAUGGAUGAUGAAGCAAACAGACAACACAGUAGGACUUUCUAUGGAAACUUCACCAAGAAAACACCUUCCUCUGGAAUGAGCAAUUUCUGUGAGUGGUCCAAGAUGGAACAAACCUUCAUUAGGCAUAACGAAGCAAAGUUAACACUUAUAAUAGCGUUGAUAUAAACAAAUUAAUUGUGUUAUGACAAUGUAUGUCCUUGUUUGGUUUUCAUAAACCAUGAUU